UGGACAGAAUUACGGUUUGGACGAUGACCAAGGUUCGUACAUCCACACCCCUCACGACUACGUCGCCUACAGGUUCGAGGUGUUGAAGAUUCUUGGAAAGGGUAGUUUCGGUCAGGUGGUGAAAGCAUUUGACCAAAUGACCAACACAUUUGUCGGCCUAAAAAUGGUGCGAAAUGAGAGCAGAUUCACGAAACAGGCGGCAGAAGAGAUUCGCACUUCGGAACUGCUUCGAGACCAGGACUUAGACAAUAGCCGCAACGUGGUGCAUUUGCGAAAGCACUUCACUUUCCGUGAGCACCAGCUCAACAUGAACCCCUGCGAGUUGAUUAGACGAAAUAAAUUUCAAGGCUUCCCUCUCCCCUCAGUCAGCAAAUUUGCACACUCCAUCCUCAUUUGUUUGGACAAGUUGCAUCGAAAUGAAAUCAUCCACUGUGACUUUAAACCAAUAAAGAUUCGUCUGAAGCAGCAAAGACAAAGUGAAACUAAACCAUUUGAUUUCGGCUCAAGUUGCUUUGAACGCCAACGCAACAUCAACACGUGCAUGCAGUCACGAUUUUAA